GCUUGGCAUGUUUUCGCUCUUGGUGUUUUUCACCGACUCUCUCAGUCGGUGUUUUUGAUAGAGACGAUAGAAUACUCUGCCGGAUAUCUCAACUGGUUUACCUGUCAAUAUCAUCAGAGGAUCGUAGGUUUUGAUAGUUUCUACUUCACUUGAACUUUCUGUUUUAACAUGACGAUUAAGCAAACGGCGUGGAGACGACAGUGGGAAUUAAAUUUUACUCUAGUUCCAACAGCCUCUUUGAAGUGAACGGUACACCGGGAGCAGUUUUUUUUCCCUCAUCACAACUUUGUGGUCGAAACGCUUCUUGUUGUUGAUAACUCAUCAUUGGAUAUCCCAAUUACAGCUCUUUUUUUUUUUUUAAAUCUCUAUUUUUGUUUUUCUUGUUGACUCUUCCGGCCUCACCUUCGGACCAGAGGUGUUGAGCUCAAGUCGAGGGUGACCACUUGGAGGUGGUCCUCUGAAAAUGGAGGCUGUUAUCGAGAAGGACUGCAGUGCACUUGGAGGACUUUUCCAAACUCUUAUCGGAGACAUGAAGAGCGGCUACCCGAUUUGGGAGGACUUCAUCACCAAGGCAGGCAAGCUGCAGUCACAGCUCAGAGCCACAGUGGUUGCUUUGGCUGCCUUCUUGGAUGCCUUUCAGAAAGUGGCUGACCUGGCAACGAAUUCAAGAGGAGGCACCAGAGACAUUGGAUCGGCUUUGACCAGGAUGUGCAUGAGACAUCGUGGCAUUGAAGCGAAAUUCAAACAGUUCUCCAUGACCUUCCUGGAGGCUCUGAUCAACCCCCUACAAGAACAGAUGGAGGAGUGGAAAAGAGGGGUCUACACUUUGGAUAAAGACCAUGCCAAAGAGUACAAGAGAGCUCGGCAGGAGAUCAAGAAAAAGUCAUCAGACACACUGAAGCUUCAGAAGAAAGCAAAGAAAGGUCGUGAUGAUAUCCUACCCCAGUUGGACUGCGCAAUGCAGGGUGUCAAUGACAAAUACAUUCUUCUGGAAGAAAUUGAGAAAGAGGCCCUGAGGAAAGCACUAAUAGAGGAGAGACAACGAUUCUGCGCCUUUGUAGCCAUGCUGCGGCCUGUAGUGGAUGAAGAGAUUUCAAUGUUGGGAGAGGUUACCCAUCUCCAAGCCAUCUCUGAUGACCUCAAAUUAUUGACAUCUGAUCCUCACAAGCUACCCCCUGCCAGUGAACAAGUGAUAAUGGAUCUGAAAGGUUCAGACUACAAUUGGUCAUACCAAACUCCACCCUCUUCUCCUAGCACCCCUACGUCCAGGAAGUCCAGCAUGUGCAGUAGUCUGAACAGUGUUAACAGUAGUGACUCCAGGGGAUCAAGUGGCUCUCACUCUCAUUCUCCUUCCUCCUCUGCUUCCUCCUCUUCCUCACACCACCUCUUCCACCACCAUCAACCUCGCCAACGGUAUCGCAGCUCCACGCUGUCGCAGCAGGCUCCGGCUCGGCUCUCCAGCAUCUCCUCCCACGACUCUGGCUUUGUCUCUUCAUCGCAUGAUCAGUGCACAUCCUCAAAGUCAUCGUCACCAAUGCCGGCGAAAAACAAGCCUUGUGCCGGUUCCAGCUCUUCUGAUGCGUCGGAGUACGAGCAACUUCACAGUGACUUGGGCAGGAACCCCCGUGCUGGUGCUGCGUCUCUGCAUACUUUUGACAAGAGCCCUGAAGGUGACAUGCAAGAAAGAAAAAAACGAGAAAGAAACUUUGCCUUCCCUCGCAAAGUGAACACGCUGUCCAAUGGCUUUGACCACUACAGCCCAGCCAACUCCCCUACCAAUGGUGGGAGUUUGAGCUCAGGCACCAGCACAGCUUUCCCCUUCAUCCCUCUAUCCUCCUCUUCCUCCUCCUGCCCAUCGCGAUCAUGGUCACGUCCUGCCUCAGCGCUCCUGCCAGACUUCCCUCACAACUGCCCGAUGGGCUCUCCCAUGAUGCCUUCCUCUCAUGUUCCCAGCUGGAAGGACUGGGCAAAACCGGGCCCAUACGACCAGCCCAUGGUCAAUACAUUGAGAAAGAAGAAAGACAAGGGACCUCCAGUUGUAAUGGAAAGUAAUGGAGUUACAGGCAGGGAAAGCAGCGCACCGCAAAGCCUUUCGACCUCUACUCCGGCUCCAGCUGACCUGCAUGCACCUCAAAAGGUCGCACUGGAAGAAAGAAACAGGACACCACUCAAGCCUGGUGAUCUUGAGGCCCAUGAUGAGCUAGCUCUGGCCUUAUCAAAAGGCCUGGAACUGGACACCCAGAGGUCCAAUCGGGACUCAAUCCAGUGCUCCAGUGGGUACAACACUCAGACAAAUACACCCUGCUGCUCUGAGGACACCAUUCCUUCUCAAGUGUCAGAUUUCGACUAUUUUUCGUUGGCCGAGGAACAGAAUCCUGAGCAACAGCAGCCCGACUUUGACAAGUCAUCCACCAUCCCUAGAAACAGUGACAUUGGCCAGUCAUGCCGACGCAUGUUUCAGACCAAGCGGCCCGCGUCCACAGCUGGCCUGCCCAGCACACCUGUGCAGGGGCGGUACCCCAACGGAGCUCCUCCCUCAACACCAACCCACACACCUUCUGGGCCUUAUCCACCUACUCCGACAGGUUGUUUGAAUCAGGGCUUUUAUUCUGGAUACCAUAAUGUCUCUGGGUCCUAUUCUACAGGCCAUGGUCCAGUUAUUGUCACUCCAGGGGUUGCCACAAUCCGCCGCACACCUUCUUCCAAACCUUCUGCCCGCCGCUCAGGCUCAGUUGUAGGCGGAGGUCCCAUUCCUAUUCGUACACCAAUCGUCCCGGUUAAAAUCCCAACAGUUCCUGACAUCUCAGGAGUGGCAAAUGGGAGCAGGAGCGGAGAGAUCAGAGGGAGUCCAGAUGCUGGAGUGCCGCCUGGGGUGUCUUGGAGCGGUCAGGCUUCGAUCAAUCCUCCCACCGUCCUGCCGGCCAACCAACUGGCCCAGCAGCACCCUCAUAGUGAGCGAGGAGAAACCGAAGCAGGAGAGGAGGUGGAUGGCAACAUGUUGGUGGCUAUCCGUAACGGAGUCAAGCUGAAGAGGACCCUCACCAAUGACCGCUCGGCACCACGCAUCGCAUGAUUACGACAACACAGAGGGAAAGGAAAGAGAUUGUGACCUGACAUUUUAUUCAAUAGGAAAAUUUUGCCUGCUCUUUUCGAUGGUGUGUUAGGAUGUCUUCCGACAUGAUCAUCGGUGUGAUCACUUUGACUCGUUGCUGCUUUUUCAUUUGUUUCCACGAGUUUUCUCGCUCCCACUCUUGCCUGGCUAAAUGUUUGAUUUAUGUCCGUGUUGCCAAAAAAGCGUUUUGCUGCUUUUUACACUUACUUUCUCGUGCUCUUACACAGUGCUUGACACUUUCAGCAUCACCCUUUGAACAAGGAUGUGUAGCACAUUAGUCUACUAUACAGGAAAAUGUGUACACACACACACACACAGAACUUUUUUUUGUAGCAUUUAUUAGCAGUCAUUAGCACUGCCUCAUACUGCAGUUAUUUGCGCAUAGACCUUACUAAUGUUAUGUAAAAAAUAUGUUAAACAUUUUUUUUAAAUGAAAGUUUAAGUUUAGUAGAAAACAAAGUGUUUCUUUGCAUCAGUGUGUAUCAUUUAUUUUAUCACCUGUAGACAAACUGGUGUUGGGAGGGUUAUGUCAGUGGCGGCAUUGAAACACAUCCACUAAAAUGUGUGUUAUUUAAGAAAUUUCGUUUUAUUUUACAGUUGUUGCAGCAACAGGCCUUGUGCCGUGUUUUGUGUGUGUUUGCAUUUGAGUUAAAGCACUGUGCGAUCGUUGUGACUGCAUAUGGGCCUUGUAAAUAUUAUUUAGCUUUACAAACAUCUUUAUUUAUUUUAAAACAGUGAUAUUGACAGCCAUCUUAUCUGAUUUUCCGGCUUUAGUGCCAUAUAGUUUUGGUCUAUUAUUUCACUUUCAUUUACAGUAUAAUUCAUUUUCAUUUUGUCAAGGCUGACUGGUGAGAAAGCUGAAAGAAAAAAAUCAAACAAGUCAAUUGAAGGUCCACACAAGUAUAACCGUAUUGGCUUUGCGAUGAAAACCCUUCAUCAGCAUUAAUAUUGAUGAUAUAGGAAUACAUUUAGUGCAGUCCCCCCUAAAAAAUAUCUUAUUGUUUCAUUUGUGUUGUAAUGUCACCCGUCUUAACCAAAAUACUCUUAUUUCAGCCGUCCACUUGUACAUAUGUAUUAUCCACCAUGGACUAUUCAUAUUAAAUGGCUAGUAUAGCAGUUAUAUAUUAUAUCAGAGUUCUGUAUCUAGUGACUUAAGAAGUAUAUACUCUUCUGUUCUGAGGAGUGGAAAGUUAAGUUGUUUUAGUUCUGGUGUAUAAUUUCACACUCACUGCGUUAGACAAAUAUCUGUCUGCACAAUUGGACAGUUUGUUCCCUAUAGUACUUUUGUGCAAUGACCAUGUCAGCAAUAUAAUAAAAACAACAAAGACGAA